AUGUCUCGAACAUCAUCACUGAGCUCCGCGCUCCUGGCUAUCUCGGCUCUCAUCCUCGGCCUCCUAGCAACUCUCACAUCAGCUCUGCCCUCAUCCACCGGCAACCGAAUCCUCGUGGUCCUCGACUCUACCUCUCGUUCCACCUACUCGACCUUCUUCUCCACCCUCACUUCUCGUGGAUACACCAUCGAUUACAAAUCGCCAAGAGACGUCAAACCGAACCUCGUCGAACAUGAUGUUCUCUCAUACGACCAUCUCGUUCUUCUCUCGCCCUCCUCCAAGUUGCUAGCUGCUGACCUUGCUCCUCAGCAGCUGGUAGAGUACCUCAAAAAUGGAGGAAACAUGAUCGUCGGCUUGGACUCUAGCGUCAGCGAGAUGCAGCGAGAUCUGGCACGCGAGUUCUCGCUCGAGUUCGAAGGCAGAGAUUCCGCUCUCGUGGAUCACUUCAGAUACAGUAGCGAGCUCGAUGCUGGAAACCACACGACCGUGCUUGUUGGUGGGAAGCCUACUCAAGCUGGACUCAGCCACGGUGGUGUUGUGCAGAACUUGAACGUUUUCUCGCACGAGACGUUGCAGGCUGCGAAGGAGAAGCCGUUGCUGUAUAGAGGGAUUGUUCACCGAGUGGGUGCUAACCCGCUCGCUUUCCCUCUCGUUCUGCCUCCAGCCACGAGCUACUCUUCUGAAGUACCUAAGCUCACGAAGGAGGCAGAUAGCGUAGUCGAAUCCACCUCAUACAGCACCCCGGCACCCGUCACGAUCACCACCACGCGCAUCACCGAGGGCGAGACGAUCACUUCGGAAACUCUCUCCACUCCUCCUCCCGUCCCUGCGGUCAUCAAAUCCAAAACCCCCUCGAAACUGGGCGAAAAUGGUUGGAUCGCUAACCGUGCCUCACUGGAACCGCUGGAAUCGCGCAAGGAACUCGUUGCUGGCAUCCCCACUUCCCCUUUCUCUUCAGUGGUAUCUCUCAUCUCAGGCUUCCAACUGGCAUCAAACUCGGCACGUGUCAUCUUCCUCGGCUCAACAGAUCUGCUCAGCAACACGUUCAUCUCCACACCUAACACGCUCAACAAAGCAGUAGCGCAAGAUAUUACUAGUUGGGUAUUCCAAGAAAAAUCAGUCCUUCGAAUCAUCUCUACCCAUCAUCAUCGUAUUUGCUCCAACCAAACCGAUGUUCGACAAGACUACGAAGAAACACCCGAAGCAACCAAAAUGUAUCGUAUCAAAGAUCACGUUCAUUACCAUCUCGACCUUGCCCAACAUGAGCCUGAACUUGGCUGGAUUCCUGCUGCCUCAACGCUGGAUAUUCAGGUUGCUUUCAAAAUGCUUGACCCAUACAUUACCGCGCAUCUUACUCCGGUCGACUUGUCCAAUUUCACCUCUAACGCACUUAGCACCAAAAGUGAAAGUAAGGUCGAAGCGGAGGGGUUUAGGAGGUUCGAAACAUGCUUUCAAAUCCCAGAUCGUCAUGGAGUGUUUACUUUUCAUGUACAGUUGAAACGUCAGGGAUUGAGUUUUGUGGAGAAGAAGGAUAUUGUUGCAGUUAGACCGUUUAAUCAUGAUGAGUAUCCGAGGUUUUUGAGUAGUAGUUGGCCUUAUAUUACGGGUGCAUUUAGUACUGUUUUUGGCUUUCUUGUCUUUACUGCGAUCUGGUUGACGAUUAGGGAAGAUCCUAGUGGGGUGAAGAAGAACAAUUGA